GAAUACCUCAUUUAGCAAAAUCAAUGGUGUCUGUGAAGAAGGAAGUUUCAGCAUUCAAAGUGGGUAGAAUUUCCUGAAGGAACGACAUUGAAACCAUUUGUAAGAAAGGUGUCAUAACAAUCAGCCUGUAAAAAGACAGCGUAGGAAUAAAAGAACCGAGGGGGCAGAACUAAGUAUUGUCAAUUCAUUAUUGCUUUCAAGUUUGGAGAUUCCUGUCACUGCAGAAAAUGAAAUAAUGAUGAGCAGGAAAACCAGCAUAUCACAAAUGAUUAUCAAAGGAGCCGCUUACAAAAUCAAGAGAUUCUUUCACAAAACAUUCAGAAAUUUCAGAUCCUUUAUAUCUAAAGAGUAUGAAAAGCUACCUAAGACUCCUACACCAAAACCCAUCUUUUCUGUCAGCAACAAGAUCAAUUCAAGUUUACAGGACCUGGACAACUUCUACCAAGGUUUCUGUGAACAUUGGGAUUCCAUGGACGAAGUGAAGAAGAUAAAUAAACACUUACCACCAAAAGUGCAGAGAAAAGCAGAUGAGCAAUGCAGUAAAAGCUCCAUGAGUACAGCAGAUUGCAGUGGAUUAGAUGACUUAUAUGAAGACAUUGAGACAAGAAGUAAGAUAGGAAGAAAACAGGGAAAGAAUUCUGACCUGUCUGUACAUGCUCUUUCUCAAAAGAUGAAAGAAUUGGAGAUGAUGGAUGUGAAGGACAUGGAUCAAGUUCUGGAUGUAGAGGAGGUCCUCCAUUACUACUCCCGUCUCACCUGCCCUGCUUAUGUAGAAAUUGUUGACAAGUUUUUCAUGGAUAUAUAUGCAGAACUCAAUGUGCCGGAGCAAUCCAGGAGGGGCAAGAGUUUAGUGAGGAAACUGAGUUCAUCCAGUGUUCCAACGGCAAGUCUUGACUCACUAAAGCUAUAGGCAUAUCGAGUUAAGACACUCAUUUUAUGUGUAUGUGAAUGGGUGUAAGCCCAUUUGUGAUUUUUAAAUUUCUUCACUGUAUUCUCUUUGUUUUCUAAUUGCCUGCACUUUCACCAAUAAUAGUGAUAUCUAGUAUGAAGCUCUGAUGAGUCCAUA